AUGUCUGAUCCUUCUUUAGCCUCCUCAGAAAAAAUCCAAAAAAUCCACCAAAACCCAACAUCCCAACCACCAAUCCGCCAUACACAUUUCAAAAAACAAUCUCAUAUAAACCAAAGUUUACCCAGUAGUGGCAUUCCCUCAAUUGAUGGUUCAUCUAUUGCAACUUCUUCUACCUCAAGAUUAAGCAGGCCUCUUCUUGGUAAUCGCAGUAGUUCACCAUCACACACUACUGCUGCUGCUAAGUCUACUAAUUCUCCUGAGCCCAAAAACAACAUUUCUACUCUUGCACAAAAUCAUAAAAACCCUGUUUCACCAGCUCCCAAAAUAAAUUCAAUUUUCUACACCAAAAGCAGUCUUGACUUUAAUUUCAGUUUUAAUAAUAUUCCCAAUCCCCCUCCACCAAAAACCACCUUGAAAAAAUCAAAUUCCAUAACUACAUCUUCUUUUUAUCUUCGAAAUGUUAAAACCAAAAAUAAAUAUUCUCAUUAUAAAAGUCGUUCUUCACUGUCUAUAGUCUAUACUCCUGAUAGUAAUGCUCUAUCCGCUGCUCAGUCAAUUGCAAGCUCUCAGAGUCAUCAUCCAAAGACACCCAACAACCCCAAAGACAAACGUUCUUCGAAUCCACUACAAAGAGUUAAUAUGAAUAUUGAAACUAAAAAAUUAUUAGAAAGAACGAAUAAAUAUUCAUUUUUAUCAACCAAUAAAAACACACUUGCAUCUUCAAAUACCAAAAACUUUGAGUUUUCUUCUAAAAAUCAAAAACCACCAUCAACUGCGCCUAUCGAAUAUGCCUUUACUGGUGCGUGUGCAGCUUCAAAAAAUGUAAAAGAUUUGAAUAAAUAUGACCGAAACCAGAAUUAUGAUUUAUCAAAAUAUGAUACCAAGAUACUAGAUCAGGCUAAAAUCUUAGCAGAUAACACCAUCAAAAACAUUGAAAGCUCCAAAAUAAACUUGUUUGGCAACAGUAAACUUAAUUCCCACGCUAUACUGGUCGCACAAGAAAAUGCAAGAUUACGGAAUAUCAACAGUAAUUCUGGAACAAUUGAUGUUGGUGGAGGGUUGUUGGUUUCUGUUGAUGAUAUAAACGAUGUUGCUAGAAGAAACGUCAAUCCUGUUUUGCAAGAAAUAAAUAGAAAAGCAGACGAGCAAAGGAGACUGGAUUUAAAGAUCAUCGAAGAAGAAAGAUUAAAAAAACAGGAAAAAGAAAGAUACAAAAAAGAACAAACUGAAAGAGAGCACAACCAAAGAAGGCAGGAAUCACUUUUAAAGCUGGAAAGGAAAAAACAAAUUCAAAAUCAAAAAGAAGAAGAUAAAUCCAAAAUCACUAAUUUAUAUGAGACCAAAGCUGCUGAACUCUCAAGACAACAUGCUAUAUUAUUCAACUUGCAAAAGAAAGAAGAAGAUUUAUUAAAACGAUUAAAAGAAGAAAAAGAAAUAACUCUAAAAGGCUAUGAGACAGUUGAAAGUGAACUAAAAAUGCAAAAACAAAUAGAGUUACUAGAAUUCAAGAACAGUCUUGAUUUUAAGAAAUCAAGUUUUUCUACACUCACUGGUUCGCCUGAUCCCAAAGGAAAUGUUGGAGUGUUUAUUGAAGAUUGGUAA